AUGUCAAAAGAGUCAGAGACACCGCUACAAUUGCAAGAAGUAGAGUUCUUUAAGAGUAACACGGCUUGGUCGCUGUUAAACUUUUUACAACAAAAAAGAGGAACCAAUGAGAUUGGCAAUUUCAUGUGUUCGAGGACUAGAAUACGUUCCGGUCGCCAUGACAAUAACUGGACUACGCCUUCCCUCGGCGUCCUUGAACUAAGAGCUAGAACACGUUCCGGUCGCCAUGACAAUAACCAAGAGAGAAAUUCUUUAGGUGUAGAUGAAUUCUGGAAGAUGGUUGAUAAAAAACGACAUGAAAAUGAAAUCAGUAUUGAAGAGUUGAAUUAUACAAAACGUGCAUUAAAAGAUGCAAACAAUGAAAUGCACCACAUACAUACUAUAGUGACUGAUAAAAUGCCAACACAGCUAAAACGCAGGCUAGGAGAUCAAGCUGAGGGAUGUGAAAAUCAAGAUUCAGGAGAGUGUGAUAUUCAAGAAGUAUUUGAGUUGCAUAAUAAUAAAGCUGGACAGGCAUCAGGACCUGAGUUUCAAGAAAAGCAAGUACAGAAAAAAUCAAAAAGACAUAAAGUUAGUGAGAAGAAUGAGAUACCAUCAAGUCCAAAAACUUCCAUUGGGAUUGAUGAUCUUGCAAAACUUGAAGAGCAACUAAAGAAGCAACCUUAUACUGAGUGGGUUGUAGGAAAUGUUAAUAUAACACAAAAAUUUCGUCAAUAUCAAUGGAGUGCAAUUGAUAAAGCAAAGAAAGGAUUGUUGAAGGCACUAGCAUCAAUUAUUGUUAUCUCAUCUCCAUGUCUAUACCCUUAUGAAUAUUUUACCCUUGAAGAAUGGGAUUAUAUAACAAAAACUAAUUUAUACAGUAUUGGGACAAAUACUAUUCCAUCAUCCAUUUCAGCAAGCCUAUAUGAAGCAGCAGAGGAAUGUGUUUUUGGACAAGUAUUUAUAUGA